AUGAUUAAAAAUAACAUACAAACUCAGGAUAAUAAGCAACAGUCGCUACUGUUUACACCCCUAAGAAUAAAAGGGGUAACACUCAAGAAUCGUAUCGGUGUAUCACCAAUGGUCACGUGGCAAGCGGUGGACGGUAUACCCAAUGAUUUUCACAUAGCCCACUAUGGCCAAUUUGCCCUGGGUGGUGUCGGGCUGGUUAUGGUAGAGUCUACAGCGGUGGAGCCUCGAGGUCGCAUCACACCGGCCGACACCGGCAUCUGGAAUGAGGAACAGGUAGAGCCAUGGCGCCGGAUUACCACCCUGAUCAAAUCGUUGGGUUCGGUGCCGGGCAUUGAGCUGGCGCACGCUGGCCGCAAAGCCAGUACAUCUGUGCUUUCGUACAGUUCUAAAAGCAUGGCGACAGAUUGUGAAAAUGGUUGGUCUACUAUAGCCCCCAGUGCUAUACCAUUUGGCGAUGGUAUUGAUAAAGUGCCCAAAGAGGCCACACUUGACGACAUAGAAGUACUGCAACAGGCGUUUGUGUCGGCGGCCGUCCGAGCGGUUAGCGCUGGCUUUGAGAUAAUUGAUCUACAUUUUGCACAUGGUUAUUUGAUAAGCACAUUCCUGUCGCCUAUUAGUAAUCAACGCACCGACCGAUACGGCGGUUCACUGAAAAACCGAAUGCGCUUCGGCUUAGAGACGGCCCGUCGGGUGCGGGAAGUGAUCCCCAAAUCAAUGCCACUGUUUGUGAGGAUUUCGGUCACGGAUUACGCGGACAACGGAUGGGAUGUCAACGACAGCGUAGAGUUCGCCAAACAGUUAAAGGCUGUGGGCGUCGAUGUCAUCGACUGCAGCUCCGGGGGUGUAGUCAACGAUAUUAUGUAUUCUACACUCAAUCCAUCGGAUGUACAGCACAAGGCCUCGGCUCAGAUCCAAUCAGAGGCCGGUAUCGCCACCACAGCUGUUGGUAAAAUUGUUGACCCUUUGAAGGCCGAGGCGUUGCUUCGGGACAACAGCGCAACACUUGUAUUGAUAGGUCGGGCGCUACUAAACAACCCUCACUGGCCAUACACUGCCGCUGACCUCUUGGCCACCGAACACACCUUUAAAUAUCACGUUUCUUAUGACUAUUCAAUUGGUUGGCACGGCUUUUACAAUUGGCGUAAAAACAUGCAAAAUGACAAUUAA